AUUCACAUGCAUUUAAAGUCAAACGCAUUUUCUAAAUACGCCCAUCGAUGCUUUAAGUAAAAAUAUUCAGUGACAAUCAUUGACUUUCAUUUAUGGAAAGUCAAUGAUUUUAUUUCCAUAAUAAUAUAUUGGAAUUAAAAAUUCAACCACUUGGUAAUAAUAUCCAGUGGAAAAAACCAACAACAAUAAAAAACAUCCAAUUGUCAAAUCAUUGUUUCGCAUUAUUAUUAUGGCUCUUACUAAUAUUCUACUUCUCAGUCAAAUAGCUGGUUAUGUUGUUGCACUUAUUUUAUCUCUUUGUAUUAUUGUACCUAUGAGCUUACACCAAGAUGAAUUUCAAGGACACUGUCUAUUAUUUUCGACUGGAACUUGGCAAGAAACAGAUGGACAGUUCGUAGUUAAUUGGGCUUCGCAAAUAUCAUGCAAUUAUACCAUAUUCGUUGGACUCGUAUUACUUUUAACUGCAGCAUUUCAGAUUUACAGACUUUCCGUUUUCAUGUAUCGUGGUGAAGAUAGUUCAUUCCUAUCAGCGUUCGUUGACGUAGUCAGUUGUAUAUUUCUAACAAUAAUAACAUUGAUUGCUGCAAUCAUUGUAACAUUAGGUUUUAUGACCUGGUGUCAAUGUAUGACUAAACGAUUUCCUUCCUGCGAAUUAGCAGCUGGUAAUGAUAUCGAUAAAGCAGAUGGUAUCAAUACUUCUGGUUUUCAUAUUGAAUUGGGUGCUGCACAAUUUGGUACCUGGAGUAGUUUGUCCAUUUGGGUCGGUUUAUCUGUUUUCGCUGUGUUAAAACUAUUGCGUUAUCAUCAGAUAGAAAAUAUGAAGGUAUCUAUGUAUAGAGAAAGACAAAAAUUGAUUGAAGCUACUGGUAAUAGUCAACAACAAGAAUCGAGUUAAUCUGACUUGAAAUGAUGAAGAAUUUAUUAAGUUAUUAAUAGAAUAUUUUGUGUAGAAAUUCUUUAGUCCAUAUGGCUUCCUUCAUUUAGUAUAGCUGAAAAAAAUUGUUAAUGUAUAUGUUUAUGUAUGUAUAAAACUAUGAUCGAUAAGAACGUAUGCAAUACUC